GGUUCCUAGCUCGUUUGUUUCUUUUCCCGCUACUUUCCCGUACCCCUUCUUUUUGUUGCUGUUUAGUACAACAAUGAUGCUGUCCACUGCGACAACCACCACCACCACCACAGCCAUGAUGUGGACGACGACGACCUGUACAACCGAAGGUUGCUGUCGACCUUAUAGUGAAGCGCAACAUGCCCUGACUACCACGUCCACAACAACAGCAGUCAAGAACAGCGUUCGCCUCACCAAGGAAACGCUUCCCAUCGUUGUACAAGAACUCUACAAGACAGCUCUGCACAUUCCAACGAACCUCGGCCGGCUGGCUACCGAAGUGUGGUCUCAUUUCUUUGUUCAGCGCAAAAAGCCGCAUUGGAACAUCCAACAGACCGUUGUGAUGGCCUUUUUGCAAUCGUUCAGGGACCAGACACUGACACACAGUCUUGAGUUUUGGCGUUUUAUGUUGAUCGCACCCACAUGGCUGACGCCACUCACGUCGAAAACGCAGGACGGAUCGUUCCGUGUUCGUCGUCGCAACUUGCGUGGUAUCCUCAGAAAAAUGGACAAGAGUGAGGAUGGCUCACGCAUGCUCGAGGUCGAAUGGAUGUCGGCCGGUACGAUUUGGGAUCGUUGCCAGAGUGUCAUUCAUCCAGGUGCGGAUCGAAAAGACAGCGAAGAAGAAGCAUCGAGUAACUAUACCCAGCAGAGCUCGGCAUUGGUGUUGCGAACACGAUCGCCCGAGAAAAUUGUCUUUUAUCUUCAUGGAGGCGCUUAUUGUGCCAUGAGUGCACAGACGCAUCGCACGCUCACUCAUAAGAUCAGUAAAGCAACUGGGCGACGCGUUUUUGCUGUCAACUAUCGAUUGGCCCCUGAACACAAGUUUCCUAGUGGACUGUACGAUGCUGUACAGGCAUUCCUCUAUCUGAUCGACGCAGAAAAUGGAUAUUGUCUUGAGCCAAAGAACAUACUUAUCAUGGGCGACUCUGCUGGUGGAGGCUUGUCCCUUGCAAUGAUGCUCUAUCUACGUGAUCAUGGUUUACCUCAACCGGAAGGCGCUGUGCUGCUUUCGCCUUGGGUUGACCUGUCAUUUUCAUAUCCUAGCUGGGACAAUGCGUCCUUGUACGACUAUUUACCAAACAACCCAGACCGACUGGAAGAAAUGAAUCCUGCACAUCUCUAUCUAGGUGUCGAUAAGGCUGCUCACAUGGUCCGCCACCCUUACGUGUCUCCAAUCUUUAGCGAGAGUUUUGAGAAUUUGCCACCAUUAGUCCUGCAAUCCGGAAGCUGUGAGUCGCUUCGCGACGAAAUCAACGAUCUUGUACAAAAGAUUGCUGCAUCGAAAUCUACCCUUGUACACCAUGAGGAAUAUGAGGAUAUGGUUCACGUUUUCCAAGCAUUCCCAUUUGGCAAGUCGGCUGAGGCCAUAGAAAGUGUAGGUUGGUGGGCACGAUAUGGUAUGCCCAUGAUCGCAAAUUGGGCUGCGCGUGGCCAGUUGCCUACAGUCGUCCAGCAGAAUCAACAAGCAGAAGAAGGCCCGUUUGCAUUAAAGAGUACUCCACGAUCCAUGGGUCGCCGUUUCCAUAGCAUUCCCGGCUAAAGACGACAUUACAAGGCAGAUCUAUGUAUAUAUACCUAGUAGCUCACUAAGCCUACCUAUUAAACAUUAGUUGACUUUGUAAACCUACCAUCCUACUUAAUAUUUAUAAAGUUUCCAGCGUGAAAGUUGCCAGCUUUCCAAUUGAGUAAAUUUGACUGAAAUAAACGUGCUGGGUAACACAAC